ACAACAAUAUAAACAACAUCUUUUCCUCCCCAAGGUGAAGAAGAUGGUUUUCGCAUCUCGACGCCACCAAGAUUCAAUAAAGUUGCUUCGAAACAACCAAAGUUUAAAAUAUUCCACAAUUUCCACACAAACGCAACCUGUGAGGGCGGAUCGAACGACGCAGACCGUGGAAACCACACGUAUGCAACCCAUGAACGUCCCACAAACAUCACCAGUGAACAAAGAACCAACAAUAAAGAGACCGGCGGUGAUUGAUUUGACGGACGACAACGAAGGAAAAAAAGUAAAGAUGGUUCAUACCGUUCAUCACAACAACCAACCUUCUCAACUUCCAAGAAAUUUUCAAACUUUGCCGAAUGCUGAGGAAACCUUGAAACAAAUUUUGGCUCAAAAUCCACUUUCUGUGAAAUAUAAUGGAGAAUCCCCGGUGAUCCAGCGAAGCAACUUGGAUGGUAAAGACUUGUUGGUUUACGGAGACGGAAAGAUGACGUUCCAACAAUCCACUGUGACAACCAAAGCAAACAAUCUUCAACAACAAACAAAAUAUUCUGUUACGACCUCUCAUCCAACCAAACCCAACCUACACACGCAGCGCAACAAUCCAACGCACGCCAUCAAUAAUUCUAUGGCCCGCCGAUAUCCUCCGCUGCCCCAACCCCCACCCCACCCACCCAACUUACCCAAGUUCCUGCCCCCACCCCCUCAACAACUUAAACUUGGGAUCAAAAAGGACAAAGGGGUCAUUGUUUUGUCAUGGAACAACGACAAUCAUUCAAAAUCUUCGGUCAAAAUGAAUUGUUACGAAUUAUUUGCGUACCAGUGUAACGCGGGUCGAAAAACCUGGAAGAAGAUUGGUGAAGAUGGAAUCGAAGCAAUGCCGUUGCCCAUGGCGUGCACAUUGACACAAUUCUCACCAAGUUGCACAUAUUACUUCUCUGUGCGCGGCAGGGACAUCUAUGGUAGAUUCGGACCCUUUAGCUCCCCUUGUGGAAGCACCGAACCUUGAACUUUCAAACUUUUAUAUCGCAAACUUGUAAAUAAAUUUCUUUCUUAAUAAA